AUACUAUGUAUAAUAUGGCCAGUCAAAGAGAUAUUUCAAAUACACUUCGAACUGCACAAAUGGCACUAGGCGCAAUUCCCCGGGAUGUGCAGACCAACACAGACGGACCGCUCCGUGAGCGGAUAACCAAAGCUUGGGCGUACUACAAUCGGAACCACAUUCGGGACUUUGAGGCAGUGUUGGAGAAUGCGCUAACGCUCGAGGUCAGCUCCCUGCCGGCCUACCAGAAUGACUUGUUGAGGAUCUACGCAUUGCUAACGGGUCAUUUUGUACGCAUGGCAUGCAGCAAGCUUGGCAAGAAUCGUGUCGGCUAUCAGGAUAAGGUGCAGAAUCUAAUCGAGUCGAUGGACAACUUGCAGCUGAACUUCACGGAUGUGCAGCAUUUGCUGUGCCGCGGAUUUGCGCUGAUCCUCAUUGAGUUGCGACUUGACGAGGCCAGUAAUCAUUUUGUUACCGCUUUGCGACAAGUGCCGCACUGUGUUCAGGCGUUGCUGGGGCUCGCCUGUCUGGCGUACAGUCGUGGCGAGUAUAAGAUGGCAUUGGGUUACUUCAAGAGCGUUCUGCUGCAUCGUCCGCAGGGAUCGAUGGCCGAUGUCCGUGUUGGCAUUGCCCAUUGCUUUGUGCAGCUGGGCGAUCUGGAUCGGGCGCGUCGUGCUUUCGAGCUGGCACUGGAGCACAAUGGUCACAGCAUAAAUGCACUGAUCGGCAUUGCCCAGCUAAAGUUGAAUCAACGCCAACCGAAUUCCACAAAGGAGGGUGUCAAUUUGUUGCGCGAGGCCUUUGAGCAGAAUCCACAUCAUCCGUUAGUAUUGACCUGGCUAUCGGCCCACUGUUACUACGAGGGCAACUAUGAAAAACUGCAAUUGCUAGCGGGGAAUGCCUAUCGGAUUACGGAUGAUCCAUUGAUACAGUCACAGGAUUGCUUUCAGCUGGCGCGCUGUUUUCAUGCGAUGAAGAACUAUGAUCUCGCCUUCAAUUUCUAUGGGAAAUCUCUCAACGAGUAUCCGCAUUCGUAUGCGCCGACUGAGUUUGGCAUUGCCCAGAUCUACGUGAGACGCGGGGAUUUGGUUAGAGGCGAGGAACUGCUUAAGUCAGUGCUCAACAAGCUGCCACAACAGCCACAGGCGUUGCGCAUGCUUGCCACAUUCUACUCGCAGUCGGGCAAAUUUGAGGCAGCUGUUGAAUUGAUCAAUAUCGCCCUGAUGCAUAGUCCAACGAACGAUUAUGAUAUCUGGCUUGGCCUGGCCGAUAUCUAUGAGCGGAAGCAGCUCUGGCAGCAGUCUUUGCACGCCUACGAGAAGGCUAAGUACAUCUAUCAAGGACUGUCCGAGUCACCCAGAGAUGUGCCAUUGACUUGGCGCAACAACAUUGCAGCACUGCAAUUUUACGCCAAUCAAUCAAAAGAAGCGCUGCAAACCUUAAACGCAGUGAUGCCUGUGACUCAAGACGAGCAUUGUGAGAGCAACAUGCUCACACUGAAAUUCAACCGGGCACGCAUACUGGAGGAACUGCGCCAGGACGAGCAGGCGGAGAACAUCUACAAGCAGCUGAUGCGCGAGUAUCCCAACUAUACGGAUAGCUAUCUUCGAUUGGGCGCCAUGGCCUAUAAGCGCAAUAAAAUUGACACUGCCUUGGAGUUCUUCAAUGCGGUGCUCCAGCGGGAUGAGCACAACAAGGCAGCCAGAAAAUUGUUGGGCAUUUGUUAUUGUAAGCAGGGCUCCGUUUUGCACGCCUUGAAUCACUACAAUGCGAUUCGACGGCAACCGCAGCAUCAACAUGAUUCUGAGAUACUCGUCAGCCAGGGCAAUGUGCUGUUGAUUCAAGCCCAAGAAGAUAUUGCCCGCGGACAGCCCGAGGAAUCGAGGCGAAAUGUGGAGAAUGCACUACAACUGUUCAGAAAGGCCUUAGAGCAAAAUCAAUGUAAUUUGUGGGCAACAAAUGGCAUUGCCGUCUCACUCACCCUUAACGGACAUCUGGCGGAUGGCGAGAAGAUGUUCGAGCUAAUUGUCAAUACGAGCAAUCGCUGCACUGAUGCCAUCCUGAAUAUUGCGCACAUAGCUCUCGAGCAGCAACAAUAUGCAAAGGCCAUCGAAAUGUAUCGAAAAUACUUGCAGGAGGACUUGCUGCCAGUGAAUAAAGUGCAAGUGAUGCAAUAUCUGGCUCGAUCUCUCUACCAGGGUGGGCGAUUUGAAGAGGCAAGGGAUGUGCUGAUAAGGGCGCGUCAUGUGGCGCCACAAAAUCGAACGUUACUUUAUAAUCUGGCCGUGGCAAUGAAGCAGCACAGCCAAAGCGUAUUCGAAACAAAGCUUGCCAGGCAGGAGCUACAAAUAGCUCAACGAUUCUUUGUAUAUUUGGGGCAGACAAAAGAGGAAACACUGCGGCACAGCAGAUGGGUAUUGAAUGCACAGAAGCUGAGCAUUGAAUGCCGCCAACUGCUGGAGAAUGCAACCGAAAAGUUGGAAGAUAAUCGCCUGAAGAAAGAGCCUAAUCAAAUUGUCUUCGAUGUGAAGUCGGCCCAAAUUAAGGAAAAGGAUAAAAAUGAGCAAAAUACUACAAUAGAAACUACAAGUGAACAGAUCAAAAGUAAAUCGCAUAAGAAAAAACACAAGUCAAAGGAUUUAGAUGAUGACAAGGAAGCCACAGCCAAGAAGCGAAAGAAAGAUAAAAAAAUGAAAAAACCUGAAAAGUCUUAGCCGAGUCGAGUGAAGGGCGCUCUCUCGACGAUUGAAUUACAGACAAAACCACAUUUGUUAUUCUAGUCUUUCGGUCGAAUGUCAUAAUUCGGACAAUAAAUGUACUGCAAAUGUUCAACCCAGUUGCACCAAACCAAACAUACCCAACGCAUUCGUUCCUAUCCAAAUUCCAAAUUCCCCCGAGGGCCAAAGACGAAAUGUGCAAACAAAAAGUUUUCUCAUACAAUUUAUUUGUUGAAACGAAAUGUGACCGAGCUCCCACAGCGACCAUGGCUACCAUUCUCCAACGGUGUGUGUGGGUUGUACAUUUGAAUGUCGAGU